UGAAGUCUGGAGGUUUCAGUCUGGAAGCACCGCAGGAGGAGGAGGAUAUUCCGGUAGGAUAGUCAAUCAUCGGCCGGGUCGCUGCUUCCGUGGCCGUGGAGUGGGCGGGCCCACGGCCAGCGUUCAUGCUUGGUGCACACAUGGUGUCAUAACUGACGGCGCUCCGUGUUCCGAGGCUCCGCAGGACGGAACCGAGACCCGGGAAGGAUGCUCCGCUUCCAGCGUCCGCACGCUUCGGUUCCCCAGUUCACCAAUUCCCCGACCAUGAUAGUGAUGGUCGGCCUGCCGGCUCGGGGCAAAACCUACAUCUCCAAGAAGCUGACCAGGUACCUGAACUGGAUCGGGGUGUCGACCAAAGUGUUUAAUGUUGGGCAGUACAGAAGAGAAGCAACCCGCUCCUACAACAGCUACGAGUUUUUUAAACCCGACAACGCAGAAGCCAUGAAGAUACGCAACGCCUGUGUGAACACGGCCCUGCAGGAUGUGUGUGACUACCUGACCAGAGACCAAGGUCAGGUCGCGGUUUUCGAUGCCACCAACACGACGCCGGAGCGCAGAGAGGUCAUCCUCAACUUCAGCAAAGAAAAUGGUUACAAAGUUUUCUUUGUGGAGUCGAUAUGCGACGAUCCCGAAAUCAUUGCUGAAAAUAUUAAACAAGUGAAGCUUUCGAGUCCCGACUACGUAGACUGUGACAAAGAAGAAGCUGUUGCAGAUUUCCUGAAGAGGAUCGAGUGUUACAAGAUGACCUACGUUCCCCUGGACGACAGCAAAGACCGGAGUUUAUCGUACAUUAAAAUCUUCAACGUGGGCAGCCGGUACCUGGUGAACCGGGUCCAGGACCACAUUCAGAGCCGGAUCGUCUACUACCUCAUGAACAUCCACGUCGCGCCCAGAUCCAUCUACCUGUCCCGGCACGGCGAGAGCGAGCUCAACCUGGUGGGGCGCAUCGGGGGAGACUCCGGCCUGUCCCACCGGGGGGCAAAGUUUGCCGCCGCGCUGGGCGCCUACAUGCGCGGGCAGAGCAUCAGGGACCUGAAGGUUUGGACGAACCACAUGAAGAGAACCAUCCAGACCGCCGAGGCGCUGCAGGUCCAGUAUGAGCAGUGGAAGGCCCUCAACGAGAUCGACGCUGGAGUUUGUGAGGAAAUGACUUAUGAGGAGAUUCAGGAGCAUUACCCAGAGGAGUUCGCUCUGAGGGAUCAGGACAAAUAUCGGUACCGGUACCCCAAAGGAGAGUCGUACGAGGACCUGGUCCAGCGUCUGGAGCCCGUCAUCAUGGAGCUGGAGAGGCAGGAGAACGUCCUGGUCAUCUGUCACCAGGCGGUUAUGAGAUGUCUGCUGGCCUACUUCCUGGACAAGAGUGCAAGCGAGCUGCCCUACCUGAAGUGUCCUCUGCACACCGUCCUGAAGCUCACGCCGGUCGCCUACGGGUGUAAAGUUGAGUCGGUGUUUCUCAACAUUGAAGCCGUGAACACACACAGAGACCGGCCGGAGAAUGUGGAUGUGGACAGAGACCCGGAGGAGGCGCUGGAGACGGUACCUGAACACAUCUAGAGGACGCCUCAGCUCAACGUCCGUCACGUCCAGAGGAGAAGUCUUAUUUUAAUUUAUGUAAUCCUUGUUUUUAGAAAACUGAGAGCUUACAGAUAAUGAACGUUUUUUCAACAGCAUCUUAAUUCCACUGUUAGUGCACUUUAUCUAGAAGGGUCCAGGUUGAAAACAACUGCUAAAAAGUGAAGAACUGAAAACGACCUUCAGGACUGUUCACCAGUCAUUAAUCUGUUUCACACUGCAUCACUUCAUCCUGUGCUGUUCCUUCAACUCUUGUAAUUUCAGCAAUAAUAGAGGAGAUGCCGUGCCGCCAUGUUUUAGUGGUAGUUUUAGAUUUCAAAAGUGAUGUUCAUUGAUUUACGCAAAGGGCUUCAUUCCCUCAUCUGCACAUUAUUCAGCUCAGCAGAGACAUUAACAAACCGUAUUCACAGUAUAGAACAAAACAAAGUCACCACCUGAAUUUAAGUUCAGCUACCAUCACAUUUCCAAGAACUUUGUAACUGACAGCCAUGUUGGUAGGCAGUUGCUAUGACAACAGUAAACAAGCCACAAGCUUAGAACUAGUUCUUGAGUUCCUAUCUGCAACAAUAUAAGUACAUUGCAACUAUUAUUUGAUUAAUUACAGUUUUUGAGUACUCUACCCAUCUCUACGUGAUACUGAGAUAAAUAUAAGCGAUAUUUACUGUAGUACUAGCUAAAUUAGCUGAGCUAAUGUAGCUUAUCUGCUAGCUAAGACACUAAAAUAUUUUAUUCUGUUUACUAGGGUGUCAGCGCAUCCUAUAAUGUCUUCAGUUCAUUAAAACAUGUACGGUAAGUUGGUCCUAAGUACAUUUAUCACAGGUCUUACAAUUUGUCGUGGCAGAGCUAUUUAACAAAAUAUGUUUGAGUCGCGCGCACAUCAUUGCGGUUUAGGCUACCACUAGCUAGCUGCUAACAGACCCUUGCUAGCCACCCAUCGAAGCUGGAAAGUCCAGAAAUGUCCAGAAGUAAACAUUUUCGAUUUUUCAAACUCAGAAAUUAAAUUUUUUCUAUAAGAUUUCUGAGAUGAAUCUAAAAAUGUCUAAGUUGUUUUUUGGGGGGGUAUUUUCGGCUAAAAUAUAAUAGUUUGUUUUAUUUACAAAGGCCCUGAAGCGCCGCUGAAGGACCAAUUAUCUGACGUCACGGCGGAGUCUCUCAGCUGGAAGCUUUAAACUUUCCGUCCACAUUCCUAAAACCUUCAUGUGUUGACAUUCAGUUACACAUAAAAUAUCCAGAUCAUAAACAAUUUGUUAUAACCUUCGCUCAGUUUUAGCUCAAGAUAAGACGUUCGUUUUUAAGGACACCAGGUCUACAGUAGCCCAGAAGGGACAAAUCAUUCUGUUUGUUUACGCUGUGCCUUUAAAAACUAUUAAUUUCCUGAUUCAUAAUAUUAUGAGCCGGAAGAAGGAUGUCUAUGAAGGUUCUCAAAGGCAUCAAAAAUGCAAAUAAUACCGCGCAUAAGUAUUCUCAUCAUGUUCAGUACAGCCAUGCGCCGCUAGAUGGCGUCGCAGCCUCAUUUUUCUACACUGAGGGUUUUUUAGCUGUUAAAUUAUCUGAAUCCAGUGGAAAUGUGGGCCUCUGCCUGUUUUAACACCAUCCAACAUUCCUUCUGUUUACCAAACCCUCAGGCCCAUCUGCCACCACCGUGCUUCACAUGGUACCUCCAUUCAUUAUUUACAUUUUUUAUACAAACUCUUGUGAAGAAUUCCUGUGGGAAUUAACUGUAUCUGUGAUGAUAUAUGAUUUUUUUAAUAGCUGAGUACUGUUUGAACAAUAUGAGCCAUGUUACUUUUGAUUUUUACUUUUUCAAGCUCUCAUCCUUUACUAAUCAUGUAAAAUGUGAAAUGGAGGAUGAGGUCGACAAUCUGCAUUUUUUCCACCUUAAAAAGAAAUUCUGACUUUUUAUCUCAUAAUUAUUGCUUUGAAAGCCAAAAUUAUGAUAACUAUGACAGUGUUUCUCUUUGAUCUGACAACGCGUUUAGGGUGCUGUUUCUAAAGUUACACAGUAAAACAAUUAACAGCAAUAAUUUUCUGUGUUUAGCUUCUGUGGAUGUUUUCCAAAGUCAUAUUUUCACCAAGUUAUUCCUACAGUUAUAAAUGUCAGACUUCCAAACUACAUAUUUAAUUCACAAGCUCCAAAUUCAAUAUAUUUUGCUAACUAAAUUAAUUUCCAAACUAAACAUUUAUUUGAAUAUUAAAUAUUUAUUUGUCAAACUAAAUUUUUAGUAAGCAAGCUUUGUAUUUAACUUGCUUACCAAAUACUUAGUAACCUGAGUGUUUAUUUUGCUAACUAAGUAGCUAGCUAAGUAGCUAACUGCAUAUGUAUUUGGUUUGCUUGCUAAAUAUUUAUAUUGAACUCAGACUGAAACAUUUAGUUCAGAACAAAAUGUUUUGCUUCCUAAACAUUUUUAGGAAGCUUCCUAUUUAAUUUCAUAGCUAAAUAUUUAGUUGGGGAAAAAUAAAUAUUUAUUUUGGGACUCUAACAUUUAUUAAGGUAGGAAUAAAAUGAAUAUAUGAAAAAUAAACACCCAGAUGAAAGGCUAAAUAAAACUAUAGCUGUAAAUUUUCACAGUAACUUUACAAACAGCAUCCAUUUGCAUAAACUGUUUCCUAAUUUACUGGAAAUCUGUUUUGUUGCACAAGUGCACUUUUAAAACCGUUUUAGACGGUUGCAAAGCUGCCGCAGCAUUCAUGUAAACUGAAAGUUAAUCUGUGUGGUUUCCAGAUUAACCAGAACCAUCUCGGACCAUCUCUGUCACUGUAAUUCUUUUUAAUCCAGGUCUUUAAAAAUGAAACAUUGUGAAACAUUAAGUGUAUUUGUUGUGUAAUCUGUGUUGUAACCGUCUGGUUAAAAUCAGGUGCCUGAAUAAACAUCAUCUCUGAACUA